GAGUUCAGUUCAUUUUAGGUUAUGCUGCUGUCAAGAUCUUUCAGAAUUUGUUGUUAAAAACGUUAUAAAACGUGAAAUAAACGUUUGAUUGUGGUUUUUCUUAGUGGUGUUAUGUUGCUAAUUGAAUAGUUUUUAUUAAUUAAAUUUUAUCUCAACUUAAUUUAUAGGUUAGAAUUGUAAAGAACGUUUAUAAAGAAAUGGAAUUAAAAUUAAUUUUCUUACUAACAUUGUUGUUAAUAAAUAAUGGCUAUAGUGAGGAAGAAUAUGAUGAAGAAACUGAAGAAGAGAAAUUAGAGAGGAUAAAUACCGAAUGGGCCUUUGUUUUGUACGACUUAAUUGAUUAUUAUGAUGAAUAUUCAAAUGUUAGAAGAAAUUUUUUAUUGGGGACUAACUCGUCUAAAGAGAAGAUAAACGCCGAAUUAAAGUAUAGUAGAUAUUUAAGAAGUCAAUCGAAAGAUAUGGCUACAAAAGACGCUGAUAGUAUUCCUUCCGAAUAUGUUAAUAUGCACCAAAUGCUAUUAAAACCAAAUAGUGCAAUGUUGGAAGAUAACGAUUUAUUAAAGUUAACGGAAUUUUCGAAUGGGGUUGUGGAGAAAAUAAGAAAUAAUUUGGUUCAAGAUCCUAAUAAUACAGAAAAAUACUUAAACCGACGAGAGUAUGAAGAAAAAUUGGGUUCUUCACGAAACUUAACUUAUUUAGAAAAAAUUUGGAGUACAUGGAAUGAAAAUUUAAAUAUUACCGUUAAUUUUACAGAGAUUUUAUUUUUACUUGAAAAAACUGCCAAAUUAAACGAUAACUACGAUUUUAUUCAACAUUGGGAGGAUUUUGUUCAAUACCCCAACGCUUAUGAAGACAUCAAAAAUAUUUGGGUGGAGAUAGAGCCAUUUUAUAAAGAAUUUCAUACUUUUGUACUUGAUAGACUCAAUAAUUAUUAUAAAACGAAUUUCACAUACAUCCCCGUUUAUUUAACUGGAAGUAAAUUUGGUGAAGAUUGGAGUAAUUUGGCUGAAAUAAUUUUACCACAUCAACAAAUUUAUCAAGAUGCCAUUUUAACGCUUCAAGAAAAAAGCAAAAAACAUGUUUAUCAACACUGUAAUAAAGUUGCAGAAACUUUAAAGUUUAAACACAACCCAGAAAGGUUUUGGAAAAAAAGUAAUUUUAAUACAAAUGUAUGUCCAGGAGAAGUUAUUUCAUUCUGUUCAGAAGAAUAUUCAAUAUUAUUAACUUGUAAUAAAACCUCUUGGGUUGAGUAUCUAAAUACACAAGAAAAAUCGUUUGAAUUAGGAUUAAAAAAUGUUGAUUAUACCUCUCUACCUUACAGAGAAAUAAAAUCUUCCUUUGUAGAAGAAGGAAUAAAAAGCUUAGCUUCAACAAUAGCAAUACACAACAUGCCUUAUGAUGAUUUCACCGAACAAAACGCAUUUUCGACUCAUUUAAAUGCAACGGAAAAUUUAUUUACCGCAAAAUUAUUAGUUGCACUCAGAGUUUUGCCAAAAUUAGCUUAUUAUUACACCGCGGACACUUGGAGGAUUAACGAAAUCCAAUAUCCAAGUGAAAAUGUCGUUAAAUCUUGGUGGGAAGAACGAAUGAAAACGCAAGGUGUCGAAGGAUCAACAAACAAUGAACCAGAUUUUCUUCAAGACGAAUUUAUAAUUCGAAAUGAGCCAUACUUGGGGAAAUUUUUAGGAAAUGUUUUACAAUUUAACUUAUUAUCAUCGCUUGAUUUAACUUUAGAACAGAAUCCAAGUAUAAUAAAUCAACUUCUUGAUAACGAUUUUCCAUCUGUUAUCAAGGACAUCCCAUUAAAGACACCCACAGAACUUGUUUCGUGGCAUUGGAGUAUUGAUCAAAUAUAUCAUUAUGAAAUUCAAUCAUAUUUUUCAUCUUUGCAAGAAUACUUUCAAACAGCCCCAUUAGAACCUCUUGCAUUCGUACCUCGACAAAAACACAAAAAAGAAGAUGUAGUAACUACAACAAUUAGCGUUGCGGACUUUUUAAACACAACUACUCCAAAAGUUAAUGUUGAUUUAUCUAGAAAGAUUGUUGAUGAAGAAAAAGAAUCUCCAAAAAAUGAUUCAAAUAAUACAAAUGAAAAGACUGGUUUAGGACAUGGUUUUUAUAUAUUAAUUACAAUCGCAGCUUGUGCUGUUAUUAUAGUUGGAUUGUUAAUUUUUAAGCGAUUAGUUAAAAUGAAACGACCAAGAAGUAAUAAUCGACGAUUUCAAGCUUAAAGUAAUAUUUAAUUAUGCGAUAACUUAUUUAUUUAUAGAUUGGAUUGAUCGACG